GCCUGGACAAGGAUCGGGAGGGGCUGACCAAGAUGAAGAAGGUGGUGAAGGUGAUGCACUCCACCGGCCAAGGAUAUGUAGGGUCUGAGGUGGACAUGAGUGAUGCCUUGAGGAGACUGGGGGACACCGGGGGCAGGCCAGAGGACAAGGCACUUAGCGAGGCUUUCCACAAAUUCGCUGUGGUCAUCCGGGAACACUCUCAGCUACUCCAACAGCUGAUUACAAAUCAACGGAAUAAUUUGCUACAUCCUCUAGACAGUGUUUUGAAGGGAGACCUUAAGGGUGUCAAGGGAGACCUCAAACAACCUUUUGAGAAGGCUGCUAAAGUUUAUGAUGCCAAGUUUGCAAAGAUCGAGAAGGAAAUGAAACAACAAGCCAAGGAAGCAGGUUUCUUCAAGUUAGAGGUUGAUGCCGCAGAGAUAGCAGAGGAAAUGAGCAAAGAGCGCAAGAUGUUUCAGCUUCAGAUGUGUGAUUACUUAAUUAAAGUGAAUGAAAUCAAGACCAAAAAGGGAGUGGAAUUUUUGCAGAAGCUUGUGGAGUAUUACCAUGCAUAUUGCAAGUACUUUGAAGAAGGCAUGAAGACCUGGGCCCAUUUUGGGUCUUAUGUGAGCGAAUUAAGUGAAAAGCUAAGAGAUGUUCGACACAGACAGGAAGAAGAACGACGUCAUUUGUUAGCAACUAGAAAAAUAAUCAGCAAUUCACUGUCAGCUGAAGUAAAACCAGAAGGUGGAGUGGUGCCCCCAGUCUACCAUCUUCACCGGGCACAGGGUAACAAAAUUCAUGGCACAACUAAAAGUGGUUAUCUCUACAAGAAAUCGGAAGGCAAAAUGCGUAAAGUGUGGCAAAAAAGAAAAUGUGAAGUGCGUGACAGUGUACUUUGUAUUCGUCACUCAGAUGAAACUAAGCCCCCCGUCACAGUUCCAUUGCUUACAUGCCAAGUCAAAGCGAGUAUGGAUGAUCGCAAAUGUUUUGACCUAGUAUCAUAUAACCGAACAUACCAUCUUAUGGGGGAAGACGAAGUUGAGGCUGCUGCUUGGAUGUCUGUCCUUCUCAAUAGUAAAGAAGGUGCUCUGCAGAAAGCAUUGUGUGAUGACACUCCUGGGCCAUCACCUGCAGAUUCGGGCUUUCGAGAAUUGCAACAGAGGAUCAUCUCCUACGUACGAGGCUUACCUGGCAACAAUCUCUGUUGUGAUUGUGGUGGUACUAAUGAUGUAACUUGGCUAUCAACAAAUUAUGGUGUCAUGGUUUGCAUCGAGUGCUCAGGGAUUCAUCGAGACCUUGGAGUUCACAUUUCCAGAAUACAAAGUUUAACCUUAGAUAAGGUGGGAACUGCACAGUUGCUGCUUGCUCGCCACAUGACCAACAAGUCUUUCAAUGAGGUAACAGAGGCCACUUCACCUAGAAAACCUGAACCUACCAGUACAAUGGAUGAAAGACGAGAAUUCAUUCAGUCAAAAUAUGUUCGAAGAGCUUUUGUUCAACCAACGACAGCAUCACCUGAAGAGCUCCAAAUCCAGUUGCGUGAUGUCAUCAACAGUAAUGAUCUUUAUGGUCUGCUUCGUGUAUAUUUUCAGGGUGGAGAUUUAGGGCUACCAUUAACAGCUCUUGGAGAAUGUGCACUUCAUGUAGCAAUUUAUCAAGAAAAUGGUGCCUCUCUUCCAUUAGUGGACUUUUUGGUUCAAAACAGUCACUCACUAGAUCGACAGACCCUAGAGGGUAACACACCUUUGCACUAUUGUGUUAUCUCCAAUAAACCUGAAUGUAUGAGGCUGUUACUGAGAGUGGGUGCCAACCCUAGCAUAGAGAAUAAUAAUGGUAAGACUCCACUGGACAUUGCAAAUGAACGAAACUGCAGGCUCAUGGAAGAUAUGCUGAGCCAAGCACAACAACAGAAGAAAUCCAUGUUUGAGAAUGUGGAAUAUGAGUGGAAUCUCUCUGAUGAUAACCUGACUGAUAUGUCAGAUGAUGAUGAGAUUUUCAAGCCUAAUGGUAUGUCUACUCCAGAAAAAGUAGUUAGAAGUCGUCCUGUAAGUUUACCAGGAUCUGGAUCACCAGUGUGCCAACGCAGUGCUGACCACCAUAGCUCAACGGAAGAACGAGGCCUGGGAGAAUAUAGAGGCAGUUCAUCAUCUCGUUGGCCCCGAGGUCAGCCUCCUCCACCCCCACCAGCAACAAGUAAACCUGCUUUGCCACUUCGUAAUAUGACAGAGAAGAGACCAGCACCUAAACCCCCUGCUGGUGUUUCCCACAACACUUCCUUCUACCUCCCUCAAUACUCCAGCCAUUCCCGUACGCCAUCUGACCCUAUGCUGGGACCCUCGGCCUACCACCAAGGCCUGGCUCACAACAACAACAAUGGUGGAGGGGGUGGUAGCCUUGGAGGGAUGGGCCACAAAAGAAGCCCAUCAACAGACUCUAGUAAUAGUGUGUUCUACCCUCAACCUUCUUCUUCUUCCAACAACACAACUACUUCUUCUGGGACUACACGCUUCUCUCUCUCACAUAACUUGCCCCCUGAGGCUACGUCAGGUAGCACAAGUGAUGGUAGAGCUUUAGACACCGACACCUCGCCCUCAUCCUCUCCCCAAGAGUCUCCAAAUACUUUCAUUAAUGGACGAUCAACUGAAUCUUUGUCAUCUUUGGUUUCUGAUGAUCCACGACCUCCACCUAGAAGGCGAAUGGGUUCGAUUCGUCAACGAAGGUGUCAAGCAUUAUAUGACUGCGAUGCAGACUUGGAUGAUGAACUAAGUUUCACUGAAGGUGAAAUAAUUAUUGUACUAAAGGCAGAAACAGAGGAUGGUGACUGGAUGGAGGGAAUGAUUGAAGGACAGCCAGAACGCAGAGGGAAGGUUCCCAUAAACUUUGUCCACAUGUUAUCUGACUAGCACGAAGCUCAGAUUUAGUUUCACAAACUAGUUGCUGGCUCAAUUUAUAGAUCACUUAAGAGUAUGGUAAAGAUUAUUUAAUAUUAUAACAUUGCAUCUUAUUGAUUACAGUAGUUAUGUUGCCUUUGAGAGUGUCACAAUAAUGGUGUCUCAACAACAGAUCAUAAUAUUUUAGAGUAACCAUUAGUUUCCUUUUUUGGUUUGUUAUUAAAAAUAUCUUUUGGUUUAUAUUAUUAAAAAAAAUUGUCUUUUGCUAUAAGUACAUAUUACUUUUAGUUAUCUCAAACUUUAUAGAAAGGAGUCAAAGAUUUUAAGUGAUACAGAGCUAUUGGGUGUAAUGUACAUGAUAUUGUAAAUUGCCUCACAGACUGGAAUUAUUAGUCAAAUAUAGGUUCCUUGUGUGCAUAUUCUAGUUCUCAUUUUGAAUACUUGUUACAGUUUAUUUAUAUUCUCAGUAUACUUCUCUUUAAAACAAACUCACUUAAGUUAUAAUUAUUACAGAUUGCCAUGUAAAUGUAAUUAUUUUGUUUGUAUAUCUGAUUAGACACACUAAGAGUGAAAGAACAUUCCAACUUGCUGAAUGGUAGUUAAUGUAUUUGCAGUGGAUUUGCCAUUCCUAUUCUUUAAUAAAGAAGAAACAAUGUACAAAUGUAUAAUAGCUCCCAAAGAUGGAAUAGAGAAUUCAGUGUGAUUGUG